AUGGUUCAAAUUAAGAGUUAUGAAGAGGAGCACACAUGUGGGAUUGUUGAACGCAAUGUAUAUGCUAACUCAUCAUGGUUAGUAGAGAGAUAUUCUACACAGUUGUCUAGAAUAAUAAAUUGGGAUGUAGGAGCUUUUAAGGAUAAGGUGAAUGACGAUCUAUGUGUCAUAGCUUCAAGAUCACAAAUAUAUAUAGUAAGGAAAAAAGCAACUGCUGUAAGUGUGGGGACUUAUAUAAAAUCGUUUGAGUCUCUUUGGGAUUAUGCUGAGGAGCUAAAAAGGACUAAUGUGGGAAAUACUAUAAUCAUUAAGUCCAAUUUGGAGGGCGACAAAUCUAGAUUUCAUAGGAUUUAUAUAUGCUUGGCUGCUACAAAGAAAGGGUUUAUUGCUGCUCUGAGUCCAAUUGUAGGUUUGGAAGCUUGUCACAUCAAAGGGCAACACCCUGUCCAAUUACUCUCUGAUGUUGGUGUUGAUCCUAACAACGACAUGUAUCUAAUAGCUUAUGCAGUGGCAGAGGUUGAGAAUUAUGAAACUUGGAUUUGGUUUUUGGAACUCUUAGGUGUUAAUCUCGGCAUUAAAAAUAACAAUGGGUAUGUGUUCAUUACAGAUAGACAAAAAGGCUUAAUUGAUGCAGUGAGUGAUAUGUUCCCAAACUCUGAGCAUAUGCAUUGUCUUAAACAUAUACAUGCCAAUUUUAUACUUGCUGGCCACAGAGGAUUAAUGCUGAAACAACAUAUAGAGGCUGCAGCAAGAAGUGAAAGUAUACCUCGGUUUCAGGCAGAGAUGAAAAAGUUCCAAGAUUUGUUAGUACAAACUUUUGAUUGGUUGGUAAGGCUUGAUCCAAUGCAAUGGUGUAGAUCUCAAUUUAGAACACACUCAAAGUGUGACAUUAUCUUGAAUAACAUAAGUGAGGCAUUCAAAAAGUCUAUCAUUGAUGAUAGAGACAAACCUAUAAUAACAAUGCUUACGAGGGUCAGGUAUUACAUCAUGUUGUUGAUGGCAAGUAGAAGCUAUGGAGAAAUGGACUCAUGA